UAUCGAGAAGUCGGCUGUCAGGUGGAUCUUCACUGCACACCUUCACCGAGCCAGUGGAGGGGGCGGGGCCGCCUGCUUUAACCUGAAGACAGAAAUAUCCUGUAACUUACACCUUACUGGAAAUUACUUUACAUUCACACUCGAGAAGUGUGUGAUAUUAUUAAUUUGUGCUGUUACAGCGGGAACAAAACAAUGAAGAAAUCGCCUACAGGCCCACCAGCCAGGUCCAACAGUGGCAGGCAGAGGAGGCUAGAGAGAGCAGAUUCUACUGGGGCCACAGGGACUGCAUUAAAAAGAUCAUUCGAAGUAGAGGAGGCUGAUUCCCCCACAAAUCCUUCACAGCUUUCCCGUCGAAAUGUAAAUCCCCUGCGGUCCUCAGCCACAAGCCGUUUUCAUGAACUCGGAUCCAGAAACUCAGAAAAUUCCUCCAGACAUGGCUCAGAGUCCUCAGCCAGCGGUCAACGAUCUCCAAAGAGCAGUGGGCGGCGCAUGGAGUUUUCACGGCGCACUGAACUCUCCAUCGACAUUUCCUCCAAACAGGUGGACAACCUGCCCAGCACUGGCAUUAACCGCUUUGGCCUGAGGAGGCCAGAGGUCUCGCUUCAUACCAGAAUUACAGAGCCGCCCUCACCCAGGAGGGCAGGAGCGCAGGAUCCAUUAGCUUCCUCUCGAAGAGCUGAUGUGCCUUCCUCAACUGCGAGAAUUCCUGAACCCGUUCAGAGGAAGGCUGAGUCUCCUAUCUCAGUGGAGAGUCCGUCAGCGCUAGCCAGACGGGUUGAGCCACUGGUUAACAGGCAGGUGGAGACUUCAUCUAUUUCCAGAGAAUCUGAGAACAACUUCUCUUCAGAGGCCAGCACAACUCCCAGCAUUACUGAAUAUAAAACACCACCAGCAGCUCAGGAGAAUACAAGCAGAGCUACAGAAAGGUCAGAGGUCAUUUCCAGCCACAGUUAUAAUAGCAGCAACAGCAGUAUGGCAGAGCUGGUAAUCCCUGAAAUGCCUCCAGCCAUGUGCCCUGAGAAACCAAGUGUGGACUUCAGUUAUGUGGGCAUUGAUGCCAUCUUGGAACAGAUGAGGAGGAAGGCCAUGAAGCAAGGCUUCGAACUUAACAUCAUGGUAGUGGGUCAAAGUGGUUUGGGCAAGUCCACACUGAUGAACACCCUCUUCAAGUCCAAAGUAAGCCGAAAGUCAGUCAUGGGAACAGCUGAGGAACGCAUACCUAAAACUAUUGAGAUCAAGUCCAUCAGUCAUGACAUUGAAGAGAAGGGUGUAAGGAUGAAGCUAACCGUAAUAGACACGCCAGGCUUCGGUGAUCAGAUUAACAAUGAGAACUGUUGGCAGCCCAUAAUGAGGUUCAUUAACGAGCAGUAUGAGCAGUACCUACAGGAGGAGAUCAACAUUAACAGGAAGAAGAGGAUCCCUGACUCACGAGUUCACUGUUGCAUAUACUUUAUCCCACCCACAGGACAUAGUCUGAGGCCCUUGGAUGUGGAGUUUAUGAGACGUCUAAGUAAGGUGGUGAACAUUGUCCCAGUCAUCGCCAAGGCUGAUACCCUGACCCUAGAAGAGAGGGACUUCUUCAAGAAGAAGAUCAGGGAAGAGCUGAGAGCGAACAAUAUUGGUGUCUAUCCUCAGAAGGAGUUUGAUGAGGAUACAGAGGACAGAAUGAUCAAUGAGAAAAUACGAGAGAUGAUUCCGUUUGCUGUAGUAGGAAGUGACCAGGAGUACCAGGUCAAUGGCAGGAGACUCUUAGGAAGAAAAACCAAAUGGGGAACCAUAGAAGUUGAGAACAUCGCUCACUGUGAGUUUGCCUAUCUGCGGGACCUCCUUAUCAGAACCCAUAUGCAGAACAUUAAGGACAUCACCAGCAGCAUCCACUAUGAGAUGUACCGCGUGCGUCGCCUAAAUGAGAACAACAUGCAGGCCAAUGGGAUCUCCGAGCACCACCCAGCGUCACAUGAGAUCUAGUUCCUUUAUUCACCCUCUCCGCCUUAUCCCUCGUCCCACGUCUCCACCCUGCACUCCACCUGCCACCCCAUUCCACUCUUGCUUUUUUCAAACAGAGCCAGGAUCAGCAUGAAACACAGUCAACUAGUUUUCCUGAAAAGGGCAUGUAAAAACUUUAUCCCCCACACUGUCCGGCAAAUUACCCUCCCACGCCUCCUGCCUUCUCUUACUCAUAGACUGAAGACUGAAGAGGUCUCACACACACCCACACACACACACACACACACACACACACACACACAUACAGUACACAUACAACGAGCUCCUUGAGUGUAAUCACAUGUCUCGUUUUUCACGCAACUCACCCAGCUUAUGUUUCAGGUCUCUGACUAAACUGCAAAUUUUCUCCCAGGUUAAGAGACCAAAAUGCAGUGCUUGUAAAAUGUAUGCACUUUUGCUUUGAUAUUACAAUCAGCACGUCAUAUAAGCAUUUUCUUUUUUGAUUGUCUUAUUGAUUUUUGUUUUUGCUGUGCUGCUUCAUUAAUAAUGUGAAAGUCCAGCCUCUGUGGCUUUCUAAAGCCAAUGCUGAAUCACCAGACCCUCACCUUCAAUCAUUCAGGAGACCACCCGCUUUAUCGCACUUAGAAAAAAUCAAUGACUGGGCUCAGAUGGAUAUGUACAAUACUGUGCAGACGUCUCAAGCCACCCCCUCAUUUCUUCAUGUUUUGCUCCCAAAGCUCCCAGACUUUCUUGUCUUGAUGAAUAGUUCUCCAGGCUUCCUAAAGGCCUUUGACCAGUUUCAGAGCUAUGUUUUUUUGUGUGUUAAGCCAUACAGUAACCUACUGCAUGAAACAGUGAGAAACAGAAGAAGGUGGUGACAGAUGUUCAUACUAAUCAGAGGAUAAGUAUACUCCUGCUGAUGCUGAAUGCUGUGUGGUUGAAAAAGAUAAGAUGGAAAAAUCUACAUGAUUUAAUUUAAUAUGAAGAAAUGAGGGAUGGCUUGAGAUGUUUUUUCCGCAGUACUGUAUAUGUAUUCCUUCACAUGAGUGGGUUGAUGUGCUUGUGUGCCAUGUUUGACCACUUUAUCAAACAGUAAUUGUGGCUUAGUGGUUAGCACAGUCGCCUUGCACCUCCAGGGUCCGGGUUCGAUUCCACCUCAGGUCAGGCGUUCCCAAAUUGCCCAUAGUGUGUGAAUGAGCAUGUGAGUGUCCGCCUUAUGGUGGAUUGGCACCCUAUCCAGGGUGUACCCCGCUUCAUGCUCUAAGUCUCUUGGGAUAGGUUUCAGGCCCUUGUGACCCUGUAUACAGGAUAAAUAUAGUAUAUAUUUGGUGAGUUAGUGAAUAAAUGCCAGUAUUUUUAGUUAGUGGUGACGCUUGUGUUUGCUGCACCACCAAUAAUUAUCUUUUUAAGUCCAAAAUUCUUUUUAGUGCUAUAAACAAACCUUGCAGUAUCAGGAAGGUCCACACAUAAGUAACUACAGUACAGAACUAAGCAUAGUAUUCUGUUUCUAAAGUGCUUCACUGUGCUUGCAUAGCUGAUGAAGGGGACUGUUGUCUUUUGGGAAACAUUGGGUACUAUGUGUAAUUCUAUACUGCAUCCAAAAUACACAAACAGACAGAACAAUGAAUGGAUUUCUGUCUGCCUCUUUUCACAAGCCUUGGAAAUGAUGCAUAACCCAAAAAAAGCAUUUUGAACUCAUAUAUGUUGGUGGUAGACUAAAUGCUACUCUUAUUACUGACAGGAUUUAUUUAUUUUUUUAGUAACACAUGGAACAUUACUGUUUACUAAAGUGGUCCUACAUCCCAAUUAAAAGAUCGAGCAUAACUUCAGCUCCACUGAUUUCUUGACAUUUUCAUGUCCUGCUGUUUGUACUGGAUGUGCAUUGCCUGGUGGUUUCCAAGCUUAUGACUGAAAGUGUGCUACAAUUUAGGAGUCUGUAUUUAUUGGCGUCGCAGGUAAAAUUACACAAAACUUCCCCUUGUGUUGUAAAAUUAUACCCAGUUUUCCAUUUUUCUUCACAUACAGAAUCGCUGCAGUGUCAGUGCCAGUCUGGGAUAUGGAAUUUUCCUGUGUUAUAGAAGCCAUUACUUAAGCAUUGUUAUAAACCAAAUGAAAUAUUUGUUCCCAAACCUUUAAACAGCUUUUAAUUGGAGAAAUGUCAGUCUGCUUAUCCUGUGAUGUAUAUUCAUAGUAAUCCAAUUGUUUUGAAUUAAGGUGAACACAAAUUGCUUUGAUAUUUGCUAUUUUAAUGAAAUAAAGAUGGAAAAUUAAAUAUCCACAA